AUGGCUGAUCUUAAGUGGCCUGCGGCUCGCGUCCGCCAGACCUUCCUUGACUUCUUCGAGAAGAAGGGACACACCAUUGUUCCCUCCGGGUCUGUCGUCCCUCACAAUGACCCCACCUUACUCUUCACCAACGCGGGCAUGAACCAGUUCAAGCCAAUCUUCCUCGGCACAGUUGGCCAGACCGAUCCCAUGGCCAGCCUCAAGCGUGCUGCCGACACCCAGAAGGUUAUCCGUGCGGGUGGCAAACACAACGAUCUCGACGAUGUUGGCAAGGACAGUUACCACCACACCUUCUUCGAAAUGCUGGGCAACUGGUCUUUCGGUGAUUACUUCAAGAAGGAGGCUAUCGACAUGGCUUGGGAUCUUCUGACUAACGUCUACGGCCUUGACCGCGAACGAUUAUAUGUUACAUACUUUGAAGGCAACCCCGACCUCAACCUCCAGCCCGACCUCGAGGCCAAGCAGCUUUGGAUCGACGCUGGUGUCGCCGAGGACCACAUCCUUCCCGGAGACAUGAAGGACAACUUCUGGGAGAUGGGCGACCAAGGUCCUUGUGGCCCAUGCAGUGAGAUCCACUACGACAAGAUUGGUGGGCGCAAUGCUGCCAGCCUCGUAAACAUGGACGACCCUAUGGUUGUUGAGGUCUGGAAUCUCGUUUUCAUCCAGUACAACAGACAGGAGGACAAGAGCCUCAAGCCCCUUCCUGCCAAGCAUGUUGAUACUGGUAUGGGCUACGAGCGUCUCGUGUCUGCUCUCCAGGACACCACAUCCAACUAUGCUACCGAUUGCUUCACUCCUCUCUUCAAACAGAUUGAGCAAGUCACUGGUGCCAGAACCUACACUGAUAAGUACGGCAAGGACGAUGUUGAUGGCAUCGACACCGCCUACCGUGUUGUUGCUGAUCACAUCCGAACCCUGUCCUUCUCAAUCACUGACGGCGCGGUGCCUGAUAGUGAUGGCCGCGGCUACGUUGUUCGCAGAGUUCUUCGCCGUGGUGUGCGCUACGCUCGCAAGUACCUCAACGCUGAAAUCGGCUCGUUCUUUGCCAAGAUUCUGCCUGCCCUUGUUGAGCAAGUAGGUGACCAGUUCCCUGAUCUUGUCAAGAAGCAGGACGACAUCAUUGAGAUCCUCAACGAGGAAGAAGCGGCUUUCUCCCGUACCCUCGACCGUGGUGAGGCUCAAUUCGAAAAGUACGCUGCUGAGGCCACGAAAGAAGGCGUCAAGAAGCUCACUGGUGAUGUUGUCUGGCGCCUCUACGACACCUUCGGUUUCCCCGUCGACUUGACCAAGCUGAUGGCCGAAGAACGCGGCCUCGACAUUGACGAAGAAGAGGUAGAAGCUGCCAAGCAGAAGGCUCGCGAAGCCAGCAAGGCUGUCAAAGACUCUACUCAGACCUAUGCCAAACUCAACGUUCACCAGAUUGCCGAUUUGGAACAACAGCACAAGUUCCCCCGUACUGAAGAUGAGGGCAAGUAUGUGAACGGCGACACCAAGAGCAAGAUUCAGACUAUUUUUGAUGGAAAGGAUUUCCAAACCUCUACCAAGGAUAUCCCUGCAAAGACUCCUAUUGGUAUUCUGUUAGACAAGACCAACUUCUACGCCGAAUCUGGUGGUCAAGUCGCCGACACUGGCCGUAUCGUCAUUGAUGGCGUUACUGAAUUCAAGGUCAUGGACGUACAAAACUACGGUGGCUUUGUUCUUCACAACGGUUACAUUGAGUACGGUUCUCUGACUGCUGGCGACGAGGUUAUUUGUGAAUUCGACGAGCUUCGCCGCUCACCUAUCCGCAACAACCACACCGGUACCCAUAUUCUCAACCAUGCGCUCAGAGAAGUUUUGGGUGAGGACGUGAACCAGAAGGGUUCGCUUGUUGAUAACGAAAAGCUUCGAUUCGAUUUCUCCCACAAGACUGGUGUCAAGAUUGACGAGCUCAAGAAGAUUGAAGAGCUCUCCAACGCACACAUUCGCAAGAACCAAAAAGUUUACUACAAGGAUGUCGACUUGGAUAAGGCUCGUGAGAUUGAAGGCCUCCGUGCUGUCUUUGGCGAGACUUACCCCAACCCUGUCCGUGUCGUGUCCGUUGGUAUGGAUAUCGACACCAUGCUUGCUGACCCCAAGAAGGAGGAAUGGCGCCAGUACAGUAUCGAAUUCUGUGGUGGUACUCACGUUGAGCAGACUGGUCUCAUCAAAGAUCUCGUUAUUGUUGAAGAGAGCGGUAUUGCGAAGGGUAUUCGCCGUAUCAUCGCCUACACUGGCGAGGCUGCUCACAAGGUCCAACGGGAAGCUGUCGAGUUUUCGAAGAACCUCGACGAGCUCGAUGCCAUGCCCUUUGGCCCCGAGAAGGAGGUCAAGGUCAAGGCUGUUUCCCAGGCUCUCAGCCAGCUUGUUAUUUCCACUCUCACCAAGGAUGAAUUCAACCAGCGCUUCAACAAGAUCACCACUUCUGUUGUCAACGAACAGAAGAAGAAGCAAAAGGCGGAGGCUAAGACUGCUCUCGAUGCUGUCCUCAAGUACUUUGAGGAUAACAGGGAAGCCAAGUGGUUCGUUGGCCGCUUGCCUAUCAGCGCCAACGCCAAGGCUCUCGGCGAUGUGAUUAAGCACUUCCAGUCCAAGGACAAGGAGAAGUCGGUGUACGUUGUCGGUGGAAGCAAGGAGGAAGGUGGUGUUGCCCACGCUGUCUACGUCGGCACUCACCUCUCGUCCCAGGGUGUCACUGCUGAGCAGUGGGCGGCGACCGUCUCUGACAUCGUCGGUGGCCGUUCGGGAGGCAAGGAGCCUGUUCGCCAGGGCCAGGGAACAAAGCCUGAGAGCAUCGAUGAGGGUGUCGAGAAGGCUACUCAGUGGCUGAACGAGAAGCUAAAGUUGUAAAACAUGAAUUAACUCAAACUAGGAACGUGAUUUUGUUGAUAGUUACGGUGUAUGCCGACCAGUAGCAUUUUUAAUGAAAAUUGAAAUUGAAUAGCUGUUUAUUGU